GUGGAAUGGCGUAAAAGAGACGAAGGCAGGAAACGCUGGGCGCAAGAGAACGAGAGAAGGUUGGAAAAGGUUGGACCGACGACUCGGUGGGGGCAAGUGCCUGAGGGACAAAGAAGAGUCGGGUCAGACUGGGGUCAGCGCGAGAAAGAGACGUGCAGAAUGCCGGAGACGAUGAUGAGACCAAUGGGGACAGGGCAUGCUCGUGAAGAUGAACUGGGCUGCGAGAGCAGGCCUGGCCGAGUCUGA